AAACGGGCCUGAAAGGAGAGCGAAUAAAUUUGGAUAAGCAAAUUAUAAUGGAUGCAUAACUGUAAUGUAAGGUAAUGUAAAUGUCAAGUUCAUUCUAGAAUCGUGCGUGGCAUUGUGCACUUUCUCUCUUUGUUUGUGCGCGGUGGUGGCUUCAGAGAUUAGGGCGCAGAAACCAGCACAUCUGCAAUGGGGUCUAUGCUCGGUGACUGGCCCUCUUUUGACCCUCACAACUUCAGCCAACUUCGACCUUCUGAUUCUUCCAACCCAUCUAAAAUGUCACCUGCCACCUAUCGUCCUACUCAUAGCCGAGCUCUUCCACCACCUGAUCAAGUUAUUACAACUGAAGCAAAAAAUAUUCUUAUAAGAAAUAUAUAUCAGCGUGCUGAAGAGAAGUUGAGACCAAAGAGAGCUGCCUCUGAACAUUUAGUACCAGAGCACGGAUACAAGCAACCUAGGGCUUCUACCUCACACUAAGCUUUACUGCUUUUAGUUGGAAAUCCAACAGUUACUAUCGUCCAUGUAGAUAUAUCAUGUCAAAUAUGUAUUCAGUUGUAAACUGUUGCUGAGUUGCCUGCCCAAUAGUAGUCCUGUUAAAUUAGACAUGUACAUUUUGCGCAUAUAAAGCAGAUUUACCCAGGUUAUCCCUAUAAGAAGUUGCAGUAUGAUGUAUGGUUUCAUGUUUCUGUGCCUUUGUUUUGGUUUAUGUGGUGCGACUGAUGCCCGCAACAAUGCUCCAUAUGUUUAUUUCUUUACAUGUUGCAAGUGUUCUGCUGCACCUGAUUUUAGUGUAUGGUGCAAGCAUUGUUGUUUUUGGUGAUGUUCUUUGAUACAAGUUUGGUGUGGGUU